AUGCAGCGCGCCGCCGCCUGGGCGCUGCUCUUGGCCGCGGCCCUGGGGCUCGGGGUGCGCGGGGUGCGCGGCGCGGUGGCCCUCGCCGACUUCUACCCGUUCGGCGCGGAGCGCGGCGACGCUGUCACCCCCAAGCAGGACGACGGCGGCUCGGGGCUGCGGCCGCUCUCCGUGCCCUUCCCGUUCUUCGGCGCCGAGCACUCCGGACUCUACGUGAACAAUAAUGGGAUCAUCUCCUUCCUGAAAGAAGUCUCUCAGUUCACCCCAGUGGCCUUCCCCAUCGCCAAGGACCGCUGCGUAGUGGCAGCCUUCUGGGCAGAUGUGGACAAUCGGCGUGCAGGUGAUGUGUACUACCGGGAGGCCACUGACCCAGCAACGCUGCACAGAGCCACAGAGGAUGUCAGGCGCUACUUCCCCGAGCUCCCGGACUUCUCCGCCACCUGGGUUUUCAUAGCUACCUGGUACCGCGUGACCUUCUUUGGAGGCAGCUCCUCUUCCCCUGUCAACACGUUCCAGACCGUGCUUAUCACUGACGGCAAGUUCUCCUUCACCAUCUUCAACUAUGAGUCCAUCACGUGGACGACGGGCACACACGCCAGCAGCGGGGGCGACACCACGGGCCUGGGGGGCAUCGCAGCCCAGGCCGGCUUCAAUGCGGGUGACGGGCGGCGCUACUUCAGCAUCCCCGGCUCCCGCACGGCGGACAUGGCGGCGGUGGAGACCACCACCAACGUGGGUGUGCCCGGGCGCUGGGCGUUCAGAAUCGAUGAUGCCCAGGUGCGCGUGGGGGGCUGCAGCCAUACAACCUCCGUGUGCCUGGCCCUGCGCCCGUGCCUCAACGGCGGCAAGUGCAUUGAUGACUGUGUCACGGGCAACCCCUCCUACACCUGCUCCUGCCUCUCAGGCUUUACAGGGAGGAGGUGUCACCUGGAUGUGAACGAAUGUGCUUCCCAUCCAUGUCAGAAUGGGGGGACCUGCACACAUGGCGUCAACAGCUUCAGCUGCAGGUGCCCGGCCGGCUUCAGGGGACCGACCUGUGAGACAGCACUGUCUCCAUGUGACACCAGGGAGUGCCAGAACGGCGGUCGGUGCCAGGCAGAGCGGGGCUCGGCGGUGUGCCUGUGCCUGGCCGGCUACACAGGCGCAGCCUGCGAGACGGAUGUGGACGAAUGUGCCUCCAGCCCGUGCCUCAAUGGGGGCUCGUGUGUCGACCUCGUGGGGAACUUCACCUGCCUGUGCGCAGAGCCCUUCGAGGGACCUCGCUGUGAGACGGGAAGCCAACCAGUGCCGGAUGCCUGCCUCUCAGCCCCUUGCCAGAAUGGGGGCACCUGUGUGGAUGCAGAUGAGGGCCACGUGUGCGAAUGCCCCCAGGGCUUCACUGGGCCCGACUGCAGGGAGAGAAACCCUGACCACUGUGAGUGCCGUAAUGGUGGCAGAUGCCUGGGGGCCAACACCACCCUCUGCCAGUGCCCCCCAGGCUUCUUUGGGCUCCUCUGUGAAUUUGAAGUCACAGCCACUCCUUGCAACAUGAACACACAGUGUCCUGACGGGGGCUACUGCAUGGAGUACGGUGGGAGCUACCUCUGCGUCUGCCACACGGACCACAACGUCAGCCACUCACUGCCAUCACCCUGCGACUCAGACCCCUGCUUCAAUGGAGGCUCCUGUGACGUCCACGAGGACUCCUACACUUGCGAGUGCCCCCGAGGGUUCCACGGCAGGCACUGUGAGAAAGCCCGGCCACGCCUGUGCAGCUCGGGGCCCUGCCGGAACGGGGGCACGUGCAGGGAGGCGGGCAGCGAGUACCACUGCAGCUGCCCCUACCGCUUCACCGGGAGGCACUGCGAGAUCGGGAAGCCGGACUCCUGUGCCUCGGGCCCCUGCCACAACGGCGGCACCUGCUUCCACUACAUUGGCAAAUACAAGUGUGACUGUCCCCCAGGCUUCUCUGGGCGGCACUGCGAGAUAGCCCCCUCCCCCUGCUUCCGGAGCCCCUGCAUGAAUGGGGGUACCUGUGAGGACCUGGGCCCAGAUUUCUCCUGCCGCUGCCGAGCAGGGUACAUGGGACGCCGGUGCCAGGCGGAGGUGGACUGUGGCCCCCCGGCGGAGGUGAAACAUGCCACGCUGCGCUUCAACGGCACUCGGCUGGGCUCCGUGGCCCUGUACAAGUGUGACCAAGGCUACAGCCUGAGCUCCCCCAGCCACAUCCGCGUCUGCCAGCCGCAGGGUGUCUGGAGCGAAACUCCACAGUGCCACGAGACAGACGAGUGCCAAGCGCAGCCCUGCCGUAAUGGAGGCUCCUGCAGGGACCUCCCGGGGGCCUUUGUCUGCCAGUGCCCUGCAGGCUUCACUGGAGUCCACUGCGAGACAGAGGUGGAUGGCUGCCACUCCAGCCCCUGCCAGCACGGAGGCCGAUGUGAAAACGAUGGCGGGGCCUACCUGUGCGUCUGCCCAGAGGGCUUCUUCGGCUACCACUGUGAGACAGUGAGUGACCCCUGCUUCUCCAGCCCCUGUGGGGGCCGCGGCUACUGCUUGGCCAGCAAUGGGUCCCACAGCUGCACCUGCAAAGUGGGCUACACGGGCAAGGACUGUGCCAAAGAGCUCUUCCCACCAACGGCCCUCAAGGUGGAGCGAGUGGAAGAGAGUGGGGUCUCCAUCUCCUGGCGUCCACCUGAGGGCCAGGCCGCCAGGCAGAUGCUCGACGGCUAUGCGGUCACCUACACCUCCUCGGAUGGUGCCUACCGCCGCACAGACUUUGUGGACCGGAGCCGCUCCUCGCACCAGCUGCGGGCCCUUGCAGCCGGCAGAGCCUACAACAUCUCUGUGUUCUCCGUCAAGCGCAACGCCAACAACAAGAACGACAUCAGCAGGCCAGUGCUGCUGCUUGCCCGCACACGACCCCGCCCGGUUGAGGGCCUUGAGGUCACCAACGUGACAGCCAGCACCAUCUCAGUGCGGUGGGCUCUGCACAGGAUCCGUCACGCCACCGUCAGCAGUGUCCGCGUGUCCAUCCGGCAUCCUGAGGCCCAGGAGGACCAGUCCACCGAUAUGGACAAGAGUGUGGACAGGUUCACAUUCGGGGCCCUGUUGCCAGGAAGGAGAUACACCAUCCAGGUGACUGCCCUCAGCGGGCUUGGGGGACAGGAGCCUCCCACCGAGAGCCUGGCCUCGGCCCCACUGCACGUGUGGACUCGGCCCCUGCCGCCAGCAAACCUGACAGCCGCCAGAGUCACGGCCACCUCUGCCCAUGUGGUCUGGGACACCCCCACUCCAAGUACCUUGCUGGAGGCAUACGUCAUCAACGUGACCACCAGCCAGAGCACCAAGAGCCGCUAUGUCCCUAACGGGAGGCUGACGUCCUACACAGUGCGGGACCUGCUGCCAGGACGACGCUACCAGCUGUCGGUGACCGCUGUGCAGAGCACUGAGGGCGACCAACUGCACAGCGAGCCUGCUCACCUCUACAUCAUCACCUCCUCGAGGGACGGCGCUGACAGACGCUGGCACAGGGAGGGACUGCAUCCCCGGGUGCUCAGAAACAGACCCCCGCCCGCACGCCUGCCAGAGCUGCGCCUGCUCAGUGACCGCGACGCGCCUGAAACCCAGACCCCGGGCCCCAGGUUCUCAGAGCUGGUGGACGGCAGAGGGCGAGUGAGUGCCAAGUUUGGGGGCUUGCCUGGCAAAUCGGCCACCGUGAGAUCGCAACCCACAGCUCCAGUGCAGCUUGAGAACACGGAGGAGACCCCCAAGCAGGUGCCUGAGCAGGUCAGCCUGGCCCUCCAGCUUCCUGAACAUGGCAGUGACAAGGACAUGGAAAACACCCCUGGGAACUGUUCAGAAAACCCCUGUCAGAACGGAGGCACCUGCGUGCCAGGUGUGGACGCCCACAGCUGUGACUGCAACCCGGGAUUCAAAGGCAGACGCUGUGAGCUCGCCUGUAAAAAGGUGCCCCAGCCCUGCACUCGGCUCUUCUCAGAGACAAAGGCCGUGCCGGUCUGGGAAGGAGGCGCCUGUCACCACAUGUACAAGAGAGUCUACAAAGUGCACCAGGACAUCUGCUUCAAAGAGAGCUGUGAAAGCACAAGCAUCAAGAAAACCCCAAACAGGUGCCAUCUCAGGGAGGAGGCCCACACUGUGUCCUGCCUGUAG